AAGCACUCCUCAACCUCCUAGACCAUCCUCCUAUCAAACCUGGUUGAAGCGGAACUCAUCGUGACGCCAUUUUAACCGUGCAUACUUACCCUUCCUUAUCUUUGACAUCCCUGACGAAUCACCGUCCCCCCAUCACCUCCCCGAAGCAAUCCGCCGCGGGACUCCGUUUACUAUCCUAGUCCCAUAUACGACUCCCAAGUUUAUCUCCUCCAUUCUCUGUCGGUCACCGGCGGAAGAAUGGGUCUGAACUUGGAGGAAAUCUAUGGUCAAAAUCUAGUCGAUGAGCAGAAGCCCAGCGAGUAUUCCGAGUACCAGCCAAAGCAGGGCUAUGGCUGGGCCAACACCUUGCCCGAGAGGCAGGGUCUCUAUGAUCCCGAGUAUGAGAAGGAUGCCUGUGGUGUAGGCUUUGCUGCUCAUAUCAAAGGAAAGCCUAGCCACAAGAUUGUUAGCGAUGCUCGGAAUCUACUCUGCAACAUGACCCAUCGAGGUGCCGUCGGUUCCGAUGCCCGAGAUGGCGAUGGUGCGGGUGUCAUGACCAGUAUCCCCCACAAGUUCUUCAUCAAGAACUUUGCGCGCGAGGUGGGCGUGGACCUGCCCCCUCUGGGUCAGUAUGCCGUGGGAAACUUGUUCUUCAAGCCGGAUGAGGAGACCCUCAAAGAGUCCUCGGCCACCUUUGAGGAUCUCGCGAACUCUUUGGGGCUGCGCGUGCUGGGAUGGCGUGAAGUCCCCCGCGAUUCUACGAUCCUGGGCCCCGCGGCCCUCUCCCGGGAGCCCGUCAUCAUGCAGCCCUUUGUGGUCCUGAAGUCGGCCUACGGGGAGGGGAACAAGCCCGAAUCCACCGACCCCGAGACGUUCGAUGAGAGGACCUUCGAACGUCAGCUGUUCGUCCUGCGGAAGCGGGCCACCCACGUCCUCGGACUCGCCAAUUGGUUCUACCUGUGCUCCCUGAGCAACCGGAACAUCGUCUACAAGGGUCAGCUGGCCCCCGUGCAGGUGUACGAGUACUACCACGAUCUGGUCAACGUCGACUACGAAGGCCACUUUGCCCUGGUGCAUUCCCGUUUCUCGACCAACACGUUCCCCUCCUGGGACCGUGCGCAGCCGCUGCGGUGGGCUGCCCACAACGGUGAGAUCAACACCCUGCGAGGCAACAAAAACUGGAUGCGGGCCCGCGAGGGCGUGCUCAAGUCGGAUAUCUUUGGCGACGAGCUGGACUUGCUGUACCCCAUCGUCGAGGACGGCGGCUCCGACUCCGCGGCCUUUGACAAUGUCCUGGAGCUGUUGAUGAUCAAUGGCGUCCUGUCGCUCCCGGAGGCCGUCAUGAUCAUGAUCCCCGAGGCGUGGCAGGAUAACCCGGCCAUGGACCCGGCCAAGGCCGCCUUCUACGAGUGGGCCGCCUGUCAGAUGGAGCCCUGGGAUGGCCCCGCCCUCUUUACCUUCUCCGACGGCCGCUACUGCGGUGCAAACCUCGACCGCAACGGCCUGCGUCCGUGCCGGUUCUACGUCACGGAUGAUGACCGGAUCAUCUGCGCGUCCGAGGUGGGCGCCAUCAGCAUUGACCCCGAGCGAGUGGUCCAGAAGGGCCGUCUGCAGCCCGGCAAGAUGCUCCUGGUCGACACCGUCGCUGGUCGCAUCAUCGACGACUCCGAGCUCAAGCACACCGUCGCCCACCGUCAGGAUUUCGCGGGCUGGUUGGACAAGGAGCUCCUCAGACUCCCCGCCAUCCGACAGCAGUUGCUGGAGCAGAAAGUCGAUCUGGGCUACACCCUGGACGCCAACACCAUCCAGAAUGACCCGCGCCUCAUGGCGUUCGGUUACUCCUUUGAGCAGGUCAGCCUGCUGCUGGCCCCCAUGGCGGCGGACUCGAAGGAAGCGCUGGGCUCCAUGGGCAACGACGCCCCCCUCGCCUGUAUCGCGGAGCAACCGCGCCUUCUCUACGAGUACUUCCGCCAGCUCUUCGCCCAGGUGACGAACCCCCCGAUUGACCCGAUUCGGGAGGCCGUCGUGAUGUCCCUGGAGUGCUACGUGGGCCCGCAAGGCAACCUGCUGGAGAUGGACCCGUCCCAAUGCCACCGCUUGCUCUUGCCUUCCCCCAUUUUGAGCAUCCCCGAUUUCAACUCUUUGAAGAACAUCAACCAGGCCCACAAGGACUGGACGGUGAAGACCAUCGACAUCACGUUCGAGAAGAAGAAGGGCACCGCCGGCUACCUCGAGGCGCUCGACGCCAUCUGCGACGCGACCACCGAGGCGAUUCACAAUGGCGACAAGGUCAUCGUGCUGUCCGAUCGUGCUACUUCCGCAGACCGGGUCCCCGUCUCCGCCUUGCUCGCGACCGGCCUGGUCCACCACCACAUGGUCCGCAACAAGUGGCGAUCGCUCGCGGCCCUGGUCGUGGAGACGGCCGAGGCGCGUGAAGUCCAUCAUAUGUGUGUCAUCCUGGGUUAUGGCGCGGACGCCGUGAAUCCCUACCUCGCCAUGGAGUGCAUCCUCAAGAUGAACCGGGAGAACCUGAUCCGCAAGCAGCUGUCGGACGAGAAGAUCAUUGAAAACUACAAGGCAUCGUGUGACGGUGGAAUCUUGAAGGUGAUGAGCAAGAUGGGUAUCUCCACCUUGCAGUCGUACAAGGGUGCCCAGAUCUUUGAGGCUCUCGGAAUCGACGACAGCGUCAUCGACCGGUGCUUCACAGGGACGGCGAGCCGCAUUCGCGGGUUGACGUUUGACCUCAUCGCCCAGGACGCAUUUGCCUUCCAUGAGCGAGGCUACCCCUCGCGUGAAAUCGUGGAGAUUCCCGGACUUCCCGAGUCGGGCGAAUACCACUGGCGUGAUGGCGGCGAGCAGCACGUGAACGACCCGGUCAGCAUUGCCAACUUGCAGGACGCCGCACGCACGAAGAACGACAAGUCCUACGAGGCCUAUGCCAAGUCUGAACAUGAGCAGAUCAAGAACUGUACGCUCCGCGGCAUGCUCGACUUUGACUUUGAGCAGCGGACCCCGAUCCCGAUCGACCAGGUCGAGCCGUGGACCGAGAUCGUCCGCCGUUUUGUGACGGGCGCCAUGUCUUACGGAUCUAUCUCCAUGGAGUCCCACUCCACCCUCGCCAUUGCCAUGAAUCGGUUGGGCGGCAAGUCCAACACAGGCGAAGGUGGUGAAGACGCCGAGCGGAGCAAACGGAUGGAGAAUGGCGAUACGAUGCGGUCUGCCAUCAAACAGAUCGCCUCGGGCCGUUUCGGUGUGACCUCGCACUAUCUGGCCGAUGCUGAUGAGCUUCAGAUCAAGAUGGCCCAGGGCGCCAAGCCCGGUGAAGGAGGUGAGCUUCCUGGCCACAAGGUCGUCGGUCCCAUUGCCCACACCCGUUACUCGACGCCUGGUGUUGGCCUGAUCUCGCCGCCGCCCCACCACGACAUCUACUCCAUCGAGGAUCUGAAGCAACUCAUCUACGAUCUCAAGUGCUCCAACCCCCGUGCCCGUGUCUCCGUCAAGCUUGUCUCGGAGGUCGGUGUUGGCAUUGUUGCCUCGGGCGUUGCCAAGGCAAAGGCCGAUCACAUUCUGAUCUCUGGCCAUGACGGUGGUACUGGUGCAUCUCGCUGGACGGGCAUCAAGUACGCUGGCCUGCCGUGGGAACUGGGUCUCGCUGAGACACACCAGACUCUGGUCCUGAAUGACCUCCGUGGCCGUGUCAUUGUUCAGACUGAUGGCCAGAUCCGUACCGGCCGUGAUCUUGCUGUCGCCUGUCUGCUGGGUGCCGAAGAGUAUGGCUUUGCAACCACGCCGUUGAUUGCCAUGGGGUGCAUCAUGAUGCGCAAAUGCCACCUGAACACCUGCCCCGUUGGUAUCGCCACCCAGGAUCCUCAUCUCCGUUCCAAAUUCCAGGGUACACCUGAACACGUGAUCAAUUUCUUCUAUUACGUCGCCAACGAGAUGCGCGCCAUUAUGGCCAGGCUGGGGAUCCGCACCGUCAACGAGAUGAUCGGACGUGCCGAGCUUCUCAAGGUCCGGGACGAUAUCCGGACGCCCAAGCAAGCGAGGAUCGACCUCUCCCUCAUUCUCACUCCGGCUCACUCUCUCCGCCCUGGUGUUGCGACGUACAAUGUCCGCAAGCAGGACCAUCGCCUGCAUACUCGCCUGGAUAACAAGCUCAUCGCCGAAUCGGAGCUUGCCUUGGAGAAGGGACUGCCGUGCCGGGUCGAGUGCGAUAUCGUCAACACGGAUCGCAGUCUGGGUGCCACUCUUUCUUACCAGGUCAGUCGCCGCUUCGGUGGAGACGGCCUUCCACAGGACACGAUCCAUGCGAACAUCAAGGGAUCGGCUGGCCAGUCUUUUGGUGCCUACCUUGCGCCUGGUAUCACCCUCGAGCUGGAGGGCGACGCGAACGAUUAUGUCGGCAAGGGUCUGUCGGGUGGCCGUCUCAUCGUCUACCCGCCCCGUGGUGCGGCUUUCAAGGCAGAGGAGAAUGUCAUCGUUGGAAACACCUGUCUCUAUGGCGCCACCCGUGGAACAUGCUACUUCCGCGGUGUCGCUGCCGAGCGGUUUGCGGUCCGUAACUCUGGUGCUACGGCUGUGGUUGAAGGCGUCGGCGAUCACGGAUGUGAGUACAUGACUGGCGGCCGUGUGCUGAUCCUCGGCUCCACCGGCCGUAACUUCGCUGCCGGUAUGUCUGGUGGCAUUGCGUAUGUUCUGGAUAUGAACCAAGACUUCUACUCCAAGGUCAAUAUGGAGAUGGUAGAGGUCUCUUCUCUGGAAGACCCGACCGAGGUCGCCUUCCUCCGUGGGUUGAUUGAGGACCAUCACCACUAUACCGGCUCGGAGCUGGCUGCCCGCAUCCUUCUGGACUUCACCCGGGCAUUGCCCCAUUUCGUCAAGGUGCUGCCUAUUGACUACAAGCGUAUCCUGACGGAGGAGGCAGCCAAGGCGGAGGCCGCGAAGAAAGCCGAAUUUACCCUCCCGCGCCUGCCCAGCACCCCGGCCAGUGCCGAGAAGCCCAAGGCGAAGGUUGCGGAUGACGGCAAGAAGGCCGAAAUGCUGGACAUUGAGGACAGUGUGACCGACUCCAAGACCGAGAAGAAGCGGUCCGCCCUCAUCCUUGACAAGACCCGGGGCUUCAUGAAAUACAACCGGCGCAGCGAGAAGUACCGCAACCCAACCACUCGCACCCGUGACUGGGGGGAGAUCUCGAGCCGUCUCACCGAAGAUGAGCUCAAGUACCAAUCGGCUCGUUGUAUGGAUUGCGGUGUUCCUUUCUGCCAGUCUGAUACUGGAUGUCCCAUCUCCAACAUCAUCCCCAAGUGGAACGAGCUGGUGUUCCAGAACCAGUGGCAAGACGCCCUCAACCGUCUCCUUAUGACCAACAAUUUCCCCGAAUUCACCGGCCGUGUCUGCCCUGCGCCGUGCGAAGGGGCCUGUGUCUUGGGAAUCACCGAGGACCCCGUGGGUAUCAAGUCGAUCGAGUGUGCCAUCAUCGAUCGCGGAUUUGAGAUGGGUUGGAUGGUCCCUCGGCCACCUCAGACCCGCACCGGGAAGACCAUUGCUAUCAUUGGAUCCGGCCCCGCUGGUCUCGCCGCCGCAGACCAACUCAACCGUGCUGGCCACAGCGUCACUGUCUAUGAGCGUGCUGACCGCAUUGGUGGGCUGCUCAUGUACGGUAUUCCGAACAUGAAGCUUGACAAGAAGAUCGUCCAGCGUCGUGUGGACUUGAUGGCCGCGGAAGGUGUCAAGUUCGUCACCAAUACGUCUGUCGGGCCCGAUGACAAGGUGUCGCUAGAUUCUUUGCGUGCGAGUAACAACGCAGUCGUCAUCGCCACCGGCGCUACCGUCGCUCGAGACCUGAAGGUGCCCGGCCGUGAGCUGGAUGGUGUACACUUCGCCAUGCAGUUCCUGCACCGCAACACCAAGUCCCUCCUCGACUCGGAACUUGCCGAUGGUGCGUACAUCUCCGCCAAAGAUAAGCACGUUGUGGUUAUUGGUGGCGGUGAUACUGGCAAUGACUGCAUUGGGACUUCGGUUCGCCACGGCGCCAAGUCCGUCACCAACUUUGAGCUUCUGCCCCAGCCUCCUCCCGAGCGUGCCCGUGACAACCCAUGGCCGCAGUGGCCCCGCAUCUACCGUGUGGACUAUGGCCACUCGGAGGUCAAGACCCACAUGGGCAACGACCCUCGCGAGUACUGUGUCAUGUCCAAGGAUUUUGUCGAUGAUGGCAGCGGCCGCGUUAAGGGCAUCAACACCGUCCGCGUUGAGUGGACCAAGAGCGCUUCGGGUGGCUGGGACAUGAAGACGGUCGAAGGCAGCGACCAGUUUUUCCCGGCUGAUCUGGUCCUUUUGUCUAUGGGUUUCCUGGGUCCUGAAGACCGCAUGCUGGGCGAUGAGAUUGAACGGGACGCCCGCAAGAAUGUCAAGACUCCCCCGGGGCAGUACGCCUCCAACCUUCCCGGUGUCUUUGCGGCGGGAGAUUGCCGUCGCGGACAGUCUCUCAUCGUGUGGGGUAUCAACGAAGGUCGCCAGUGCGCUCGUGAAAUCGACACCUUCCUCAUGGAUACCAGCUCGCAGCUCCCUGUUACUGGAGGUAUUGUCCGCCGGCCGGCCAUUGACUCUGUCCCUCGGGUAGCGCAGCCUGUAUGUGCUUGAACGGUUAAUCUCUGGACGGCUUCCAGGUGUUGGGUUUCUCAUGUGUCAUGCGGACAAUGAUCUAUGAAUAUUUCAACGCAACCGAAAAUUUCGUCGAAUCUGUGGUGUAAUCGCGGGGGAGGUGCUGUAUCUUUCAUCACAGUUAUCUAGACGAUCUGUCAAGGCUCUUUGUCUGCGAGCGAGGCUUUCAUCAUUUUAUCAUGCGAUAUUCGAUUCUACUACGUGAUCAUGGUCUUGGUUUUGGUUCAUUAUUUAUGUUUCCCACGGGGGUGAUGAUAUCUGGUUUGGCUGUCUUCCCGCUUCUUUUCCUUUGUUUACAAAAUGAGUGCAAGGUGUCAGAGCGUUUAUGUGUUUCUUGAAGUUCUGUUGUCUCAUGUUGUACAUAUUCUGGCCAAGUGCCAGCAGGUGUUUACAAUUUAGCCUCCUAUACUU